CUCUCUGUCUCUCUAGGAUAAUAAUUACUAAGACGAAGCUCAGGUGAGCCGGAGAGAGAGUACUGAAGGGAAACAACAAUGUGUUCUGUAUCUUCAGCCGCCGCACGUUUACUGAUUCAGUCGCGCACGUUAGCGACAUCGAGGUCUUUGUCUCUCGUAUCGCCACUGUGUUGGAGUUCACGUUACUCCUCAAAAUUGGGGUUCUUUUCUUUUCAACUCCGGAAAUCUGUAUCCGCAAGAAAGCUCGUGGUUCGGGCCGCAAGAACCGAGUCCAAAGGGGCCUCUCUUGGCUUCAGACCUCCUCAAUUUCAGCUUCCAGAACCACUCACUGGGAAAAUGUGGAAAUUGGAAGACUUUGAAUCAUAUCCUGCUUUACUGGUCAUGUUCAUUUGCAACCACUGCCCAUUUGUUAAGCACUUGAAAAAAGAUAUUGUGAAGCUUUCAAAUUUCUAUAUGAAGAAGGGGCUUGCAGUUGUUGCGAUAUCUUCGAAUUCUGUAGCUACCCACCCACAGGAUGGACCACAACUCAUGGCAGAAGAAGCUAAACAAUUUAAUUAUCCUUUCCCUUAUCUUUAUGAUGAGUCUCAAGAUGUUGCAAGAGACUUCGGAGCUGUUUGCACACCAGAGUUUUUCCUAUUCAAAAAGGAUGGUCGAAGGCCUUUUGAGCUGGUGUAUCAUGGUCAGUUUGAUGAUUCACGACCAAGUAAUAAUGUGCCUGUCACAGGAAGGGACUUAAGCCUAGCAAUAGACCGUGUUCUGAGUGCCCAGCCUGCAUCAUCAGUUCAAAAACCCAGUUCAAGUCAUUUCUCCAUUUGCCAAAAGUGUUGGAUGCAGCAUAAAGUGGCAUCCAGAAACAAAGCUGUAAUCUGUGAUGCUGUUCCUUUCAGCUGUAAGGGAGGCUUAAAUCACUAUGCAGCAAUACUAAGGAUUCAGCUUCUGGACAAUAACCGUGCUUUUUUGGGACGAAGGGCUCUUAGCGAUUAUGAAUUACCACCUACCUAUGGCACAGGAUGGGGAGGAUAUAGUCCACCAACAUCACCAUAGUAAUCUUACUGAAGAGAAUAUGUAGCAGAUAAUAUGUAACCGUUUCAUUCUAGUAUAAGUUGCUGUGCCUUAACGUAGCUGCGAGUACUAGUCAGAAUACAUACAGCACUGCAACGGAUACAGAAUUGAAAGCAGUGUUUUUGCAAAUUUAUACAAAUAAAAAACACAGCCCCAAGUUCAAUCU